AUGUAUGGAGAGGAGUGCUGUCUGGCCUCUGAUAAUAUACUGGUACACUUCUUCAAUGAUUUUUUGAGUUUGCCGUCCUUCCCAGAGGCUUUGCUGUACAACCCGGAGAGCGGGGUGUUUGAGGUGGUGAGUGAGGCAGCGGAGUGUGUGUCCAGGAGGAUCAGGUCAGUGUUACACCGCAGUAAAUCACAGCUCUUCAGUGAUGAGCCCACAGAGCUGGCCAGCAGCCCCCCAGUAGACAACCGUUACACUGUCUGUUGUCUGGGUAAAGAGCAAGGCAUUCAGUGGAUCAUGAAUGAAAGAUUCCCCUUAUUCAUUCAAAGUGACUGCUACUUUGAAUACAGACUAGCCAAGUUGCUGUAUCAGUGGGAGCCAAAGCUGUGUGUCCAGAGGAGAGAUGGCAGCUCAGGUCAAACCAUCCAUUCAGCCACAAGACAGAUGCACCAGGAAAAUAACAAUGUGCUAGGGGCAGGGCCGAUGAGGAUGUACAACUUUGAGAAAUCUCAGAAGCACCAGAGCCUGCCAUCAGCUGGCACUGUGGAAGAGCAGUGUCUGAAAGAGGCCAAUACUCAGGAGUUUGAGUCAUCCAAUGUACCAUUAGAGUACCUGGCUGCCAACGUGAUUAAACAGGUGAUCAAAGAUUCAGUGAAAUGGAUGGAAGAAUUCAGCCAAGCAAAUACCUCUGACUGUUCCAGCAAGCCAGGAGAUCAGGGAAAUUGCUGUACUCCCACAAACAAUUACUUUGAAAGUGAAGUGUGCCGCUAUUCAACGAGUGAGAGCUGGGAAAGCCAGGAGGAAGACAAAAAGAAAGUUCAAGAAGGCAAGAAGGAGAGCGGGGAGCAAGAAAAGACCAAGUUUGAAGAGAAGAAUGAGAUGGGGACUGAGGGGGCAGAGCAGGAAAAUGCUCUUGAUAUUUGUUACCAUGGUACCUGUUUCCAUGGCAGUAGACAGGGCUUGGAUAAGUUCAAGGAGUUUUUAUGGGGAACGCCAGGAGAGAAGCUGUUUUGUCUCUGGAUGGAUAUAGAGAGACUGAAGGCUACACAGCACUGGGAGCGCAAGAACAGACAUUUGGUCCUGAUGAGAAGCCGAUAUCUGCUGAGCAGCAGUCCCAGCAGACUGAAUGUGGAGCUGCUCUCCAGACUGGGCCUCUCUACCUCCCCCUGCUGGACAGAUGAGAAGCUACGCUCGGUUCAGCCGUGCCUCACAGAGGCUCUGGUCUUCUACUGGGCUCCCAGGUUCUGGAUGUCCCAGGGUGUUCACAAAGACUGUGAUGAAUCCCCUCACCUGGGCCUGUGGACAGAGAGGCACCUGAGGCCUGCGUUUGGGAGAGACUCCCUUCCUCACUGUAUAAGCCAGUCCCCUCUCCGUCCUCACACCCGCCUGCCCAGGUCCCCCAACUCUGCCCACACACAGUUAUAUUCCAGUGGCAGUAUGAGAGUGGAGAGGAUGCUACAGGCUCUCUGUGUUGACUCUCGGGCUGGUUUAUACUUUACACACUUCUGUGAACAAUCUGGAAACCAGCUGUGGGAGAAUGCAGUCAGCCUGUGGACCGAGCUGCAGCACUACCGUCAGCUGUUCUACCAGGACGGGCUGGAUGCUUACCAAGUACAGAGGCGGGCGCAGCUCCUUUACUCCACCUAUCUGUGCAGCUCUGCUAGGAGGAGCGUUGGUGUAGAGGAGGAGAUGAGGAGGGAGGUGUACGACCGAUUGACGCCUGCCUUCGAGGAGCUGUUUGACGGGGUGGGGGAGCACUGCGUGACCCUCCUCCUGGAGCCCUGGACCCUGAUGCUUGCCAGGGAUAAAGAGUCAUACCAGCAGGUGUGUGUGCAGGAGGAGGUGCGCAGGUUAGACAGUGCAGAAUACAGGGAACUGCAGAGCCUGUACGAGGAGUCAGAGCUCCGACUGAAACAGGAGGAGCAGCGCAGGUCCACAGCAUCUCCUUCCCCUUGUUCUCCUUCUCGUUCGUCAGCGGGCCGCCAGGAGUCUGAAUCCUGGUCCAGUGUUCCCCCAUGUUACCGUGGUUACCGUUUAGGUUCCCUACUUCGCCACCGCAACGAGAUCAGGCACUUCCUGUCUUUCCUCCAGAAGAGGGACGCCAGUGUCCACCUGACCUGCUGGCUGGACCUGGAGCAGUACAGGAGGACGCCUCACAGGGACAAGGCCCUCAGGCAGCAGAGAUCGUCCCACAUCGCAGACAAAUACCUCAGCAGGAAGUAUUUCUUCGGCCCAGACAGCCCUGCCUCAGCACAACAACAGAGCGAUAUAACCCGUCUGGCAGGCGGACUGGAGCGUCUGAAACUCGAGCGUCUAUCCAGAGCGGUAGUCGAGGAGAUCCAGCAGAUCGUCAGGAGCCAUAUUGAGAGAACAUGGCUGCCUCAGUUUCUGGCCACAGCGGAGUUCACGCAGAGGCAGAAACACAAGCCCCAAGCAGCAGACAGGCUCUCAGGAAAGGCUCAUCGCCGCCACAAGAAGAGCAGAGAGUCCUGGAAGGUUGACGGGCUGUGGAUGAGUUCCUUCAAGGAGAUCCUGGCGUUUCGACGGAUCCUCCUCAACCCUGUUACCUGCCUGCAGUUCCAGCACUUCGUCUCCACCAAGGGAGAGUUUCUGGAGAACGAUGUGCUCUUCUGGCUGGAGGUCCAGAGGUACAAGGACCUGUGUCACUCCCACAGUGACGAGGCCACCGUCCAACAGAAGAUCUCCACCAUCAUCAGCUGUUUCCUCCGCUCCUCUGUGCCCCCCGCCCUGCAGGUCGACAUCCCCCCUGAACAGGCCCAGCACAUCCUGGAGAACCGCCAUGAGCUGGGGCCCUACAUCUUCAGAGAGGCACAGAUGUCCGUGUUCAGUGAGCUGCUGAAGCUGUGGCCCCAGUUCCAGGCGUUGAGGAGCAGCGUUCAGGAGGAGCAGCUCCUGCCUCUUCUGAAGAAGAAAGGAGUCAAACACAGAGCCCGACUGCUGAGGCAGAGGAGGAGAGAAGAAGAGGAGGAAGAGUGGAGGAGGGCCCAGGAGGAGCUGGAGAGGCAGGAGUCCAGUUAUACAGAGGACGAAGAGGAGGAAGAUGAGGUGGAGGGAGAAAGCGAGGGAAGUGGAGAAAAAGAGCUGUCAAGAAGGCAGAGCACAACUCUGUUUUCUCCCAAGUGGCAGUUGUCGUGGUCCUACUCCAAGUACAUGGCAGCUCUGAUGAAGGAAGAGGCGCUGCUGAGGAGACAGAGUCAACCGGACGACUCCCUCUCCACGGCCUCAGACUCCUCCUCCGGCUGCAGUCAGAAGUCGGCAGGCAGCAAGUGCAGCCAGCGGCAGGCCACCCCUCACUCUCUCCAGACAGGGAACAGACGUAACAGUAUAAACAGGAGUGAUGCUAAACCAAAGUAAGUGUCAAUACUCACUCAGCCGACUCCAGCGAUACCUCAGAGGGCUGCAAGUGGCUGUUAGAUCAAGUGAAGCCAAAGUGUAAGGGCUGACACCGACACUGGACUCAUACUGAUGGACGAGGGUGACUGACUCUGUCACUGGAGCACAGGGGAUGAAAACUGAGAGCAGAGGUACGUGGCUGAGGAUGGAUUUCCACAAGGGAAAAUCACACUUUAAACCCUGUGACAAACACUUGAUAUGUUCCCUCACCUCCUGAAAACCAACAAUCAAAUCUAAGUUAAAAAGAAAAAAGGUUUUCUGCUGCCGUGUUAAUCAUGCCUGACACUGAGACCCAUGAGAUUAUGAUUAUGUAUGUCAGCAAAAAAGGAAUAACAAAACAGCGAUGUGGGCUGUGAUCAAUCAUUGCUGACAAUAUAAACAUCAUGUAUUUUCAUUAAUUUACAUUUGCCAACAAGUUUAACCAAAUGAAGACAAAUGUACCUCAUCAUGCUGGUAAUCACUCACUAAUGUUUCUUAAAUGGUACAGUAGACAGUGACAAAUUAAAUGUUUAUUUCCAUAUUUUUAUUUAAAAAAUUCACUAUUAAUACAAUAUAUUAUCUAUUUACAUACAUCAUAGGCAUUAGACUAUACAAAAUUUGGUGAAAUCUUACAUACCGCUCAAUGUUAUAACAAGAAAAAGGCAACAUUAAUAAUUAUAUUUUUGCAUCAUGAUGGGUUGGCAUGAAUGUAAGGUUACAAAGAACAGUGUUAUUGUGAAACAACUAAGUGUUGCAUCAUCUAUAAAAAUAACAUUACAAAACAGCAACAUUUUGGUUGACAGCUGGUAACAUUAUCGUCCAUCAACAUGAAUAUAAUAUUGCACUUACAUUGGCAUGAGACAAGCAGUCAUUACAUGGAGAAUGUAAACACCAAGAGCUCAUUCUGCAGAGUGAGUCAUUACAGAUUGUUCAGAUAGAAAUACACUAUGAUUUCAGAGUAACUUAGAAUU